AUGAUGAGUUGGGCCGCUGAACAGCCCGCGUUGGAGAUCAAUGAGGCGGUCGGCAAACUGUUGCAGUCCUUCAACUAUGAAACUAUCGUGCCUCAACCUAAUAAAGGUGGAGGUUGUAUUCGACGGCCACACGUCAAACGUCCUAUGAAUGCCUUCAUGGUGUUCGCACAAGCCAUGCGCAAGCGCCUAUCAGAGCAGAGACCAUCUUUACACAACGCCGAACUUAGCAAAUCACUUGGAUCUAUGUGGAAAAGUCUAAGCGAAGAAGAGAAGAUGCCAUUCAUAAAAGAAGCGGAAAAACUACGAAACAAACACAAAAAAGAUCACCCGGAAUACAAGUAUCAGCCGCGCCGCCGGAAACCGCCCCCCACUUCCGCCCGGUUCAAAAGAGAGCCUUCGCCUGACAGGACCCAAAUCGACUUUUCUAGAAUAGAAAUGGACGGCGCACUUUUAGCAGACGGUCCACCUGAUGGAGCUGAAUUAGACCAAUAUUUAAAACCUGCGCCGAUGCCUGAGUACCACGAGAUGCAACCGCGAUACACCCACUCGCUAACACACGUUCCUCCCCUCUACACCCCCGUACCUCACUUACACCCCCCUUGCCCCGAAUGGCACAAUUAUCCGGGACAUCCAUAA